AUGGCGGAAGACGAUUCCAAAGGAGACGUCAAGCGGCCAGUCGAGGAAGGUUGGGAGACUGCUCGCCCGAAGAAGAAGCGGAAAGCCGCGCAAAUCCUGGCCGUGGACAUCAACGGUUCUUACAGCCCGGGAUUGGCAGAUGUUCAGAGCUUGCUCCUGCGUAUCUUCACCGAGCAGUACGGCGAAAACCCUCGCUGGCUCUGCGUUCGGGGGAUGAACCUCGUGAAAUGCUGCAGAGUCGUUCUCCUUCCAUGUCUCGAGAGCACGGUCGUGCUCAAUCGGCCUGCAUCAGCGCCUUUCCUCACAUCUCUCCUUCGCAGCAAAAACCGCGUUGCGAUGAAGACGUCGUCUGAAGUGGAGCACUUCCCAAAGGACCAGGGAGCAGCCGAUGCCGGUUCACGGAUGCUGCUUUCUUUGCUGGCAGCCAGAGCCAAGCCCACGGUGGCCAAAAAGGCGAAAGCGCCGGCCAAAGUUCAGCCGGGUGCCAGCGAGGCGAAAGUACCAAUCAGAGAUUACCUUGUUUCGGAAGAAGCGCGAAAUCGAAGUGGCUAUCCGGACAAGAGCUUCUGCGGCAAGCCAGGAUGGAUAGUCCUCCCUGAGCGGUCUGACCUGGGAGAAGGACAGCUCCCGGGCGAGCACGCUGAUGAGCAAGCAAGCCUCGAUCCAGACGCGAAGCACUUGGCGGCCUUAGAUUGCGAGAUGGUCAUGCUGCUUGCCUUGGCAAGCGACACCUUCGGGCUCCCUGGUGGCGAGCUGGCAUAG